AUGCAAAACAAUCUUAGCGAAAUAAAAAAAUAUUAACAAUAGAGGGAGGAAAGAUUUCAUUAAAGUCUGUUCAAAGAUCAAAUCUAAAAUAUUGAUUCAACUAUUCAAGAUGAUUCGAAUAAUCCUGAUUUUGUUAAGGUCAUUGUCAUUUGCACCUUCAUUAAUGAAACUAUAGCAACUAAAGAAAAAAUAAUAUGCUCCGAUAACGAAGCUUAAUUUGUAGAAAAGGAUGACGUAGUUGAAUAAUAAGACCUUUCUGAUUGUAUCAAAAAAGAAAUUAUAACAUAUAUAGAAAGGACAUUUAUUGAAUGUUCUAAACUGCUAAAGUCGAAUUAUAUUGAAAAGUCUGAUGUGAUAAAAUUGCCCAUCUGUUCGGCUAAUGGAAUACGUAUUCCAAACGAAUAUGACAUCAGAUAGUUUUUUAAGUUGUCUAAAAUCAAAAAUAAUAGUGAAGAAUUUGCCAAAUCGCUUCGAUCUAUGGAUAGUAAACAUUUAUUUGGUUUUCUUAUUAGCAGUCUUGUAUUCCAAGAUAGUCAAAUUGAAGAAGCCAUUUUUGAAUUACUCUUUGAAAACAUCACAUUGGAAAAUGCUAUCAAAUUGUUACUUAUCACUGUUCAAUAUGAAUCCAAAAAAUAACACUAUUUUUAUAAGUAUCGUUUAUAAUCAUUAACUAGACUUAUUAAGCACUUGUAUUAUUUUAGCAAAGGGUUAUUGAAGGAAACCUAUGACAAUUAUUUGCAAAAGAUAGUUUAAAAUGGAAUGAAGCCAAAACAAUUGUAAGUUGAAAAACCCAAUUUUAUUAAAUUAAUAACUCAAUUGCACAUUUUUAAAAUUAACUCAACCAUCCUUUAUCCUAUUUUUAAAUAAUAAGAAUCAGCUCUAUUUUAAUAUUACAAACCCAUUAAUGAAAAGAAAUCAUUCACUGUUUAUAGAAAUUUGGAUUGUCCAGAAGGAAGAGAAUAAUCAGAUUUCCCCCAUAUUUACUAUCUCAAGAAUAAUGAGUAGUAAACUGUUUUAGUAGCAGUGUAAUAUGAGAUUUCAGGGGAUAUUCUUAUUUUCUAAGAGUACUAAGAGAAGUUCAUAAAAUAUAAUGAUAAUUACUUAGGACUGAUUGAGUUUAAGAAUUAAGGCAAGGAAUUUAUUGUUUUUGAUGAUGGCUAUCCAGAGUACAUGGAAAAUAGCUUUCCUUAAUGGGUGGGAAGGAAAAAAAGGAGAAUGUUAAUUUUUGAUUACUUUUCAGAUAAAAGAUACGACAAACCAAGAUUAUUUGAUGUGAAAUGCUUCAACAUCAAUACAAAUUAAUAUGAUGAGAUCAUAACUUAAGAACCGCACUAUGAUGAGUAGAAAGGUUCCUUUAAAUUGAAAUUAAAAGAUAUUGCACUAACGCCGUCAACCAGAAAUUUCGUAUUACAAAAAAAGGAAGACAACAGUAAAGAAUAACACAUCUAUCUGUGUCAUGGAAAAUUAAAUAGACACACAUUUCACUUAGAAUUACAUGAAGGGAUCAGCGUAUUCUAGGGAUUCUGCAUUUCUGUUGUAUCAAUUUGUUCUAAGGGCACUUGUUAAUGA